GACAAAAAAGCAUUAGGGUUCCUCCGACGACUCUCCGGUGCUCUCUGCUAUCUCUGCCCGGUUAUAUAGCUCCCGCUUCUGCGAUCCGUUGUUUGGCCGUUUUCUCGCCAUGGCAGAUGAAGAGGUUGUUGACCAGAAGAAGUACCUUGAGGAAUCUUGCAAGCCCAAAUGUGUGAAGCCUCUACUUGAAUAUCAGGCUUGCGUGAAGAGGAUACAAGGCGACGAAACUGGCCACAAACAUUGCACUGGACAGUACUUUGAUUACUGGCAUUGCAUUGACAAAUGUGUUGCACCCAAGCUGUUUCCAAAGCUGAAAUGAGUGGCUUGCGUUUGUCUCCGUUUCCAAAGGUUUAUAUUUUUAUAAACGCAAACCAAAAUGUGAGGGUUGGUUGCUUGGUUUUGAUCAAUUAUAUUUUUGGUACCGUUGGUGGUUUCACUCUGUUAUGUAAUAAAAAAAGAGAUACGGCCUGAACCAAAUUAUCAAACAGAACGCUUAGCAAACGUGUUUUUGGAAUGAGUGGGCCACUAGGGAA